UAGAAUGCACGGUCAUAAGCCCGGUCACAUUCUGCCCAGUCACAUCUUCUGCAUGUGACGUUGCAUAUUUAGUUGUGUGAUAGUGAAGGCCAAAUAAGACGAAAUCAGUCCAAAAUAUCUGAGCUCGCUUAUUUUUAACAUACAUAUUGCAAUUGAACGUACUACGGGAGCUAUAGGUACACUAAUUGGUGCUAACAUUAAUCAUUAUUUAUAAAAAAUGAUAAUUCGCGAAUAUAGAAAACAAUUGCAAGUCAGGCACAUCCUGUUAAUCCAAGUCAAUUGCCCUGGUCCUAGCCUAAUAGUAAUUUUUUUUUCUCUCUCAGGUCAUGGCAUCACACUCCCCUUCCUCAUCCGGAUGUGAGACGCCACCUAAGAAGAAGCCGAAAAGCUACCCACAAUCCUUUCGAGCAGAAUGGCUGAAGGAUCCAGAAUUUAAGGACUGGCUCAUACAGGACACUGAGGACUGCUCCAAAUGCCUCUGCCAACCCUGUCGCUUCCUCUUUAAGGACCCCAACAAAACCGCCCUCAAACGACAUAUGCUAAGCAGGGGACACAAGGCAGCUAUAUCUUCCUCUGCUGGAAUGAAGCUGACUCAAUUUUUUGCUCCGAAAGAAGAACCAGUCACUGCAAAAGACACCAAGGUGGCCCGCUGCGAGACCAUAGUCGCUGCGUUCUUCGCCGAGCACGACCUGCCAUUCAUCCUGGGGGACCACUUCUGGGAUAUGAUAAGACACGCGGCCCCUGAUUCAGAAAUUCUUAAGACUGCAUCGGCAAAAAGAACAAAGAUGUCCUACCUAACAGUCCAUGGGCUUGGUGAACACGAGGCCCGUCGUGUGGCAGAACUGUGCAAAAACCGAAAGUACAGCAUCAUGAUUGAUGAGUCGACUGAUGUUUCCGUCCGUCAGGUCAUGGCACUGGUUGUCAGGCUGUACGUGAAAGAUGAUAUGGCCACAAGAGACUUCAUGCUAGACCUUGUGGAGCCGUUCGAUGGAACCGCUCGAGGACUUUUUGACGCCGUGAUGAAGUCACUUGAAGCUGCAGGCAUGGACAAGAACAGCAUCAUUGGCUUUGGUGCAGAUAACUGCUCUACAAUGAUGGGAGGAAAUGCUGGAUUCCAAAAGCUUUUGAAAGAUGUCGUGCCGGAUGUCUUCGUUAUGGGCUGCAGUUGCCAUUCAUUAGCACUCUGUGCUGGGCACGCGGCAAGAUGCCUGCCCGACUGGCUGGAAACGCUCAUCAAAGAUAUCGCAAGCUACCUCUCCCGAAGCCCCAAAAGACAAGAAACGCUCUCGCUGCUUCAAGAGGCUGUCAAAGCGCCAUGCCACAGCAUUCCGAAGGUGGCCAUGACACGCUGGCUGUCGCGAGGCGCUGUCAUCCACAGGAUCCUCGAGCAGUGGGAGCCUCUGCUGCUCUUCUUCUCCGCCGAAGCCCAGACAAGGGAAGGGAAGGUAGACCGAGCAACGGAGAUCGCGAAAAGGAUGAAGGAGCCUGGCACCAAGCACAUGCUGCUCUUCGUAAGCUUUGUGAUCAAGAAGGUCGACCAACUAAAUUUGAUCUUCCAGUCUGAAGACUUCCAGUUGCAUCGUCUGUAUCAGGACAUGAGUGACGGAUACCGCUUACUGCUCGCUAUGUACGUGAAGCCCGCGGUGCUGUCAUCGGUUCCGCUUCACGAGAUCAACCCGACGGAAGCUGAUAUCGCGAUGAGCCUGGACCGCAUCAACCUCGGCGGUCGCUGCGAAACCCACCUGAUGGUGGAGCCGCUGGGCUCCGGCGAAAAAGUGCUUCGAACGGACGCGCAAUCCUUCCUAAAGGACCUGUGCAGUCAGAUUCGGAAGCGGUUUGACCUGGACCGCAACAGCAUUUUGGCAGAGCUGAAAGUGCUCUCGCCGCGGGUCGCCAUGCUACCGGCAGAGGACGAGGAGCGUCCUCGCACACUGGCACCGCUCCUAGCCAGAUUCAAACACCUGGUAAAGGAUGCUGACAGGGAUGAUGUCUGUGAUGAGUGGCGUGACCUCCCAGCAGCGCUGGCGACUGCGCCCGUGGCGGUGAAGGAGGAAACACCGCCAGUGUUCUGGGCCAAAGUGGCUGAACUGAAGAACGCUGUGGGAGAGCCUAGAUUUCAACAUCUGUGUGAGCUGAUGGGGAAUAUGAUGUCUCUGCCUCACUCGACGGCCUCUGUGGAACGCACGUUCUCGCAAAUGAACAGGGUUAAAACCAACCAAACGAAUCGCCUGCUGGUGGCAACAACAAAAGGACGCAUGCUCGCCUCUCAGGCGAUUAAAGAGAGUGGCAACGCUGGCUGCACUAUGUUCGAGCCGUCCGCUUCCCUGCUGCAGGACGUGAUGAAAAAUGGCCCACGCCACCGCAGCCAGUCGAAGGAAGUGGCCGGUGUGACUCUCGGUGUGGUCGACUGA